AUGGCGACCACCGACCCAACCCAGCAAGACCCUCUCCUCUCGCUGCGUCGCGCCAUUGCCUCGGACAGCCUCCCAACACCAACAACCUCUCCAGAGCUCUCCAACGACCAUGCGACAGAGAACCUCGCCGAAGCAACACACCUCCUCUUCUUGCAGCCAACACCUCAGUCUCUCCCUCUAAACACACCCACUCGUUUUGUCUCCGCAACCCUUACAUCCGCCGUCGACCUGCGCAGUAUCUUCUUCGCGUGGCAGAAGAAAGACGUCGCUAUCCCGGAAUACAUUGCCUCCGCCCAGGAACUCAAUGAAGCGCUUAAACUUAAGGAGGCCGAUGAGGUCCAGAACCUUGUUUUCGUUGAGCGUUUGGAUCUGAUUACUUGGCUUGAGGGCGCUUCAGAUGAAAGCGAGUAUAUUAAGCCUCUUGAGGGCGCGGCUGCUGCGGCUGCUGCUGCUGCCGCCGCCGCUGCUGGUGCUGCGCAGGCUGAUGCCUCGGCCGGUAUUGCUUCUGGUGCGACGGGCGUUCCUACUGUGCCCAGUGGUGCGGGCGCGUCAACACAGGCUGGUGGCCAGGGUCGUGCACAGAAAGCGAUUGAUCCCCAACUACAGGAGAUUUACAAUGGAGAGAGAAAGACAGGAGACCGGAAUACUGUCCUGAGAGGAAUUAAAGCAACUGACUUCUCUCACGUCCGUAAAAGCGCCGAGAUCUUCCUCGACCGCAACCGCAAUCGACCAGGCCAACCCGCCAAACCAGGAAGCAAGCCCUUAAUCCCCGCUCCAUCAGCCGGUCUCUCAAUGAGCAGCUCCCGCAAAACACACUCAAGACCAGACCCGAUCAUCCUCCUCUCCCCCUCCGCCUCCUCUCUAAUCCGCAUGUCAAACAUCAAAUCCUUCCUCCAAGACGGCGUCUUCGUCCCACCAGACCACCCAACCCUCAGCAUGUCCACAGAGGCAAACUUCAUGGAACUUAAGCGCCCCCUCCGUCUAAAGGCUGACCCAUCCAAUCCGAACGCCAACGCCGUUGGCUCAGGAAGCGGUAGCCGCGGCCUAAAGCCUACGAAGUUCAUCCUUGUCGAUGGAACAACUAACUUCAAGCCAGAGUACUGGUCUCGUCUUGUUGCUGUUUUUACGACUGGUCAGACGUGGCAGUUCAAGUCUUAUAAGUGGUCUGCGCCGCCGGAGCUUUUUAAGCAUGCUACGGGUAUUUAUGUUGGGUGGAGGGGUGAGGAUAUCCCUGCUACUGUUAAGGGGUGGGGACGUGGUGUGCAGAGUUAUGCUGUUGAGCGGUGGGACGAGAAGGGUGGUUUGCAUGGGGGUGGACGGUGGAGGGAUCGGGAGGUUGUUGAGGGUAUUUGGACUGCUAUUGAGGAGGGGAUGAGGCUUAGAGGUUGGGGAUCGAAAUGA